AUGGCGGCACCAACACAUCUUAAUCUUUUGAGACGAGGGCAAUCACACCAGAAUGUCGGCCUGCUGAGUUUACCUGAUGAUGGGUGGGCAAGCUGGGAGAGUCGUGCCGCAUCACCCGAACCACCGCCACUGCCCGCAUCUGAUAUGCUUGAUCACUGA